GCGCUUUGUUGUUCUUGCGGGACAGAAAGACGGAGAAUAUUUGUUGUAAACAACCCACAUGAAGUAAUUAUACUGUUUCAUAUCGUUCGGUGUAAUCAAACGCUAACCAAGCGUGGAGUUUAACCGAUGUUGUGUGGUUAAAAGUGGCGUAUUUGUGGGACCGAAUCAGCUCAGCGUUGAGCUAGCAUUAGCUUCCCCGGGAGGGUGUCCACUGUCCGGAUUGGAGCGGAAGGAUUUCCAGGCUCUGGGAAGAAGGGGAGAAAUCUCUGCUGGGAUGCUUCACGCAAGUUGGGAAAAUAUGUAUUUUAAGGUCCCGCCUGGAGUCAUGACACUAUCAACCAAAAGCGUGUCUUCUUUUGACUGAUAUCAAAUCGCAGGGACGAUUUGAUGGUGGUUUUGUAACAGUUAACGUGCCAGUUUAGCGAGUUAGCCACGUAGCUACGUAGCCCUCAGUAGGAAGACAUUUAAAAUGGCGGAGGGUUGGCCCAUUCCUUCGGCCCUUGUCUUCAUGCUGCUGAGUUUGACUGCCUGGGCUCUGGAGUCUUGUCCCGCUCCUUGCUCGUGUACUAAAGGACAAGAUGGGGUCCAAGUUCUGGACUGCAACAGAAAAAGGCUGUCCACGGCUCCUGUGGACACACCAGAUGAGAUAACACAAGUCACCAUGAAUCACAAUGAGCUGACGGUUCUUCCUUUUUUUGGAGAUGUUUCCUCAAAUAUCACGUCGCUGUCAUUAGUCCACAAUCGGAUCUCAGAGCUCUCGAUGCAUCAGCUGCAGCCAUACGUUUCCUUGGAGACACUGGACCUGACAUCCAACUCCAUCUCCGAGCUCAAAGUUGGAUCCUUCCCCUCCAUGCAGCUGAAAUAUCUGAAUUUGAGUAAUAACAAGAUCAGCAUCCUCGAGCCCGGCUGCUUUGAAAACAUCUCCAGCUCCCUGCUGGUGCUGAGGCUGAACAGGAACAGAUUAGCUGUGCUGCCAUCCAAAGUCUUCAAACUUCCACAGCUUCAGUUCCUUGAAAUGAAGCGUAACAAGAUCAAGAUAGUGGACAGUUUGACAUUUAAAGGAAUGGACUCGCUGAGGUCACUGAAGAUGCAGAGGAACAGCAUCACUAAGCUCAUGGAUGGAGCCUUUUUUGGACUAAACAACAUGGAAGAACUAGAGCUGGAGCACAACAACCUGACUGAGGUCAACAAAGGCUGGCUGUAUGGACUCCGCAUGCUGCGUAUCCUACGGGUCAGCCAGAAUGCUGUCGGCAUCAUCCGACCAGACGCCUGGGAGUUUUGCCAAAAGCUGGAGGAACUAGACUUGUCCUUCAAUCAUCUCACGAGACUUGAGGAGACGGCGUUCGUAGGAUUAGGUCUCCUGGAGAGCCUGAACCUCGGAGAAAACUCCAUCAGCCAUUUGGGAGAGGGAGUGUUCAGUGGCCUGGCAAGCCUGCGCACCCUAGAUAUCCGCAAUAAUGAAAUCUCCUGGGCCAUCGAAGACUCCGUUGGUGUGUUUGAUGGAAUGAAGAAGCUGAACACACUAAUCAUACAGCGGAACAAAAUCAAAUCAAUCACCAAGAAAGCGUUCGAGGGCCUGGAAGAGCUGGAGCACCUGGACCUCAGCAAGAAUGGCAUCAUGUCGAUACACCCCGAGGCGUUGUCCCAUAUAAAGCUCAAAGUGUUCAUCCUGAACACGAGCAGCCUGCUGUGUGACUGCCACAUGCAGUGGCUGGGGCCGUGGCUGACUGACAGCCAGUUCCAGCAGUCUGUCUCAGCUGUCUGUGCUCAUCCUGCCAGCCUGCUUGGUCGCAACGUCCUGUCCAUCAGCUCUGAAGAGUUUGUUUGUGAUGAUUUCCCCAAGCCUCAGAUCACAACUCAUCCAGAGACGUAUGUGGCGCUGCGGGGGAACAACGUGACUCUGAGCUGCGUUGCGUCCAGCAGCAGCGAUUCACCAAUGACCACAGCUUGGCGGAAGGACGGGGAGGUGCUAUAUGAUGCAGAAGUUCAAAACUACGCCCAGUAUCAGGAGGGAGAGCUGAUAUACACUACUGUGCUUCACCUCCUCAAUGUCAACUUCACUGAUGAGGGGCGCUACCAGUGUGUGGUCUCCAAUCACUUCGGCUCCAACUACUCCAACAGGGCCAAGCUUACUGUCAAUGAGCUGCCAUCCUUUCUAAAGACUCCCAUGGAUCUGACAAUCCGAACUGGGACGAUGGCCAGGCUGGAGUGUGCUGCUGAAGGCCAUCCAUCACCGCAGAUUGCUUGGCAGAAGGAUGGAGGCACUGAUUUCCCUGCUGCCCGGGAGCGCAGGAUGCAUGUGAUGCCAGAUGAUGACAUCUUCUUUAUCGCUAACGUCAAAACGGAAGACAUGGGGGUGUACAGCUGUACGGCUCAAAACGCAGCUGGCAGCCUGUCUGCAAACGCUACUCUCACCGUCCUAGAAACGCCGUCCUUCAUGCGGCCGCUGGAAGACAGGACAGUGGCCCGCGGUGAAACUGCUGUACUUCAGUGUAUAGCUGGAGGCAGCCCAGCCCCUCGUCUCAACUGGACCAAGGACGACGGGCCUCUGGUGCUCACUGAGCGCCACUUCUUUGCUGCAGCCAACCAGCUCCUUAUCAUAGUUGAUGCUGGGCCUGCUGAUGCUGGGAAAUACACCUGCAUUAUGUCUAACACUCUGGGAACAGAACGCGGCCACAUCUACCUGAGCGUCUCGCCAUCACCCAACUGCGACACCGGCACGGGGUACGACCAGGACGGCUGGACCACCGUGGGCAUCGUGGUGAUUGUGGUGGUGUGUUGUGUGGUCGGGACCUCGCUGGUCUGGGUGAUUGUCAUCUAUCACAUGCGCAGGAAAAGCGAGGACUACAGUAUCACCAACACAGAUGAGAUGAAUUUGCCAGCAGACAUCCCCAGCUACCUCUCCUCUCAGGGUACUUUGUCAGAGCCUCAGGAAGGCUACAGUAAUUCUGAGGCUGGCAGCCACCAGCAGCUCAUGCCUCCUCUCUCCAAUGGAUAUGUCCAUAAAGGCACAGAUGGUGUGUGUUAUGGAGACACAGGCAGCGAGGUGGACACGGAGGGGAAUGGCAUGCUGCACUGCAGGGUUGGCUCUUUGUUCACUGGUCGUAGCAGCUUCCACCCUGGAGAGCCGCGAGACGGACUAGCUGGACUCCCCACAGGAACUGCAGGUCCGCUGGUCAUCUGCUCUGACUGCUACGACAACGCCAACAUCUACUCUCGCACACGGGAGUACUGCCCCUACGCCUACCUCGGGGAGGACGACCCGCUGGACAAGACCCUGCCAGGCCUGAAGGAAAGCUUCAGUGAGCACGCCCAGCACGAGGACACGGCGCUGGAGAGCCUCAUUAGUAACCAGGACUCCUCCGUCUUUCUCACCUCUCAUGACAAAAGGUUGAGCAGCCACACUCCCCCGGAGCACUACACUAAUGAUUCUCUUAGCAGAUCCUUCUGGGGAGAAGGCGAGGACCCGUCCUCGAAACCCCAGCCAGGCGCGUCGCAGCACCCAGUGACAGUACACAGGACGCCACCUCUGCCCUCCGCUGCCGACGGGGCAGAGGAACAGAGUGAAGCAGAGGCGGACUGUUUUCCCAGCCAAUGCACACAGGACCACAGAAGUGCCUCUAAUAGGACUAACCCUCAGGAGCAUGCUGCUCCCACAUAGGUCCUUACACUCCACCCACGUUCUGCCUCUGAGUCCUCGUUGCUGCACCCCCCUCCUCCCUUCACCCACUACCUCCAAAGAGACUCCUCACACUCUGCCAAAGAUGCUCUCUUGUAUGUUUACAUUCCCUUUUCACUCAAGAGGACAUGCUGACGUUCUCCACUGUGGAGAGGCCGCUGUGUCAGGCCAGAGAAAGGGACCAGUGAUUAAACUGACCUCCUCCUUGACGCCUCCACCUCUGCAGGACCCCUGUUCUCUCACAUCCUCCACUCUUCUCUGUUCUCUGUCUAGAGAAAGCCAUGAAUGUAUGCUUUAAAGAGCCAUGUCGGAUGCUGCCGUGAGAGAACGCCAAGACAUGGUCGAGUCUUAUUCGAGCUCCGUCCCGGCUGCUGUGGGGCUGAAAUCUUUUUGCCAGUGCACUUGACACUGGCAGCUUUGUCUCAUCAUUCCCGGUACAGACACCUGUUGGAGCAGCCUACAUGACUUUAGUAGAAAUUACAAACCACCUAUUCCAGAGCGGGCAAAAUGGCGGUUUAAAGAGAUGAUAAUUGUAGUUCCCUGACCAGCAGUUUGUGGUUGUUAAUAUAGGAAAGAACAUUGAAAUGUCCCACAUUCCCACAGCCAUCCCGACUGACUCAAAGCUAUUCUAUCUGGUAUCUAGUUAUGCAAAUCCCAGAGACAGUGACACCAAAAUGUGGUGUAUAUUAUAAAUAUAUAUGAAUAUAUCCUAUAUCAUCUUUAUCGGAUCUUGUUUCAUGUCGAUUGCUAAUUACUUCAUUUUUAUGUCUUUGUGAUGACAAGCAGUUUGGGGAGAAAGCGUACAGUUGUUUUGCACAUGUGACAAUCAUGGUUUAGCUGGCUAUUUUCUAAUGGUUGUCUUUCAGAUGGCCUUUUUAACAAGCGUUCUCAGUAACCUCGAUCAGGUGACAUUAUGGCUUAUAUAUUACAGUAUGCACUGAUUUGUCCCUCUCCUUUAUCAUAUCUUACAGGCACUUAAUUUAACGGUGGUUAACUUUAUUAUGCAGUGUGCAUGCCGUUUUACAUCGUCCUUCCGCUUUUAUCUCAAAAAAAGAUAAUGAUCCUACCGCAGAUAUUGAUUAAGCCGAGGUUUUCACUUGGGACUGUGAAAAAUGAGAAUGUAUUGUAUUAUUUUAUACAUGUAUGUAUGUAUGUGUACAUAAGGCGAGUAAUCUAUAAAAUUCUACGUCUUACUAGUCUGUUUGCAGAGAGGUUUGAGACAUAAGCUGCAGUAAUUUUAAGACUUUAUUGGUCCAGCGUUACCCUGAAGUUUUGAUCGAUCUGAAAACGUAAAUGCCUCUCAUGUAAAAGAACGUUUUUUGUGUUUUGUUUUUUAUGAGCAAGUUGGAUAUCAUGAGUUGUCCGUAAAAAUCCUCUUGAUUAUUGCACUUCAGAGUUGCUCAGAUGUGAUUGGCUUUAUUUGGGACUCUCAGAUGACUCAUCUGUUCAAUGUAUUUAGCAAAUUAAACUCGGUUGCCUCAACUGGUACACCGAGCUAAAAUGAAUGCAGUUUACUACAGCAGUCCAGCCAUGAAUCUAAAUGUCAUAAAUGUUCAGUGUUUUUGAGAGAAUCUUUAUUCAACUGUAUGGUCCUUUGGAGGAUUUAGUUUGAGUUAUAUUGACAGGUGCCUUUGUUAUUUUGUCCGCUACAUCAGUGAGGGUAAGUAACACCUCUCUGGAAAAUGUAAUACAGUUCUUUUAAAGAAUGUUUUUUAUGUGCAUUUUUGCCUUUAAUAGGACAGCUGCGAUAGAAUUGAAAGGUUGGAGAGAGAGAGGGGGGGGGGUGACAUGCAGCAAAGGGCCGCUGGUUGGAGUCGAACCCCAGCGACCGCAGUCUAAAAAGGGGCACACACUCUACCAGGUGAGCUCGAGGUCUCCCCAGUUCAACAGCAGCACAAACUACAGCCUCCAAAGUGGUCAUACAGUUAAAUCAACACCUCUCUACAGCUUAAACUAAACAUUUUAACUUUCAUGAAGUAGGAUUCAACAUUGUUUUCUUCCAUGUGUGCACUCAGAAAUCUCUUUAUUCAUUAGCAGUUUUAAAAAACAACAAAAACUUACCUUAAUUGUCAAAAAAAACCAACCCUGUUAACUCACCCCGCUCUCAAACUUGAGGCAAACACGUAGUUGGAGUUUUGGCCACAUCCUCUUAACGCCACCAAACUAAACUCCUGUUUCCAGGAAAACUGAAAUCCUUUCUCUUUAUUCAUCGUUCUGUCUCCUGAGUGCACUCCUGAGCUGCUUCCACCAUCAACCCUUCAAAAAAUGAUUUGUUAAAUUCUUUUUUUUACCCCUCCUUCAAUCUGGCAAGUUGCUAGAUUUACUAGCCUAACAUGCCUCGGGGCAAAUCGUUACUCUUUAGCUCUGAGGAAAGCAGGAUUUGUGUAGGACUGUUGUAUCAGACUGCUGUAGUUUUAGUUAGCUGUACCUAAAAAAGCAGCGACUGAGAGUUUAUCAUACUCGUUCUUCAUGGACACAAUGUCUGACAAUGAUAUUUGAAAGUUUAUUUUUGUUAUUGUGAUUGUUAUGUUCAUCAUGAGUACUGCUACAUUCUGCUCUUUUAUUUUUGACCAAGAAAGAAAGGGUCAUGUUCCUUUUCUCGCUCUUUUUGUAGUGAGAGUUCAAAGAUGCUGAAUUCAGACACUAAAGUCAAUAAUGCUGAAAAGUUAAUCUGCCGUGCAAAUGUGUGAUGUUGUAGCUUGAUGCUAUAUUUUCCAUGUAAUGUCACUAAGUGUAACAUGGUCAUAAGGGGUGUAAGGACACGUCCAUCUAGAUAGUCAUUCAAAUGAUCAACAUUCCAAAAUCUUCGGUGCAAAUUGAAAAUAUCUGUAAAUAUCAUCAUCUUUAAUAUGCCCCUUUAUUUUGAAAUUACCAUAGCAUGACCAUGCCACCAUUUCUGUGCAGACACACGUUCUUGUGAAACAUCAUAACAAUGUUAGCCGCCUUAGCGCCAGAAAGAAGUUGAAGAUCAACUCAUAUUAAUCACUGAAUUGAAUUAAAUCAAAAUUGUGGCAGACUUUGUUAUAUCAGCAAAUAUAUCGUUGUCCAAAAAAUCGAUAUAAUUAUAAUUGCUCAUCAUGUCAUAACUUGUGAUUUACAUCCCUAAUGACCACAGAAUUAUUGUUACUUCUAUGUCAUCAAUUACUAAAAAUUGACUACAUGUAUUGGUACACCUCAGUGGUACGUGCAGAUGUGAAUUGCAUAUUAUUCUUACUCUCUGAUGGAUCUAACUCAUAUUUUGUCGAUCAUCCGCUUGCCUUUAAUGACCAGAUCAGCACAUUCCGAGCCUCUUCCUCUGAAUUCCAAAUUACCAAACCCACCUCUAAAAAAACACGACUUUUAACUAGUUCCUCUAUAUUUUGAAACACUCCCUGCCUCAGUGGAAGCAGAUUCUUGUUGUUUCAUGUCUUCUGACUGUUGGCCGAGGUCAAUUUAAUGCCCUCUUUCAGCGACUGAGAAAGUUCAGAUGAAAACAUGCAGUGAUAAUUCAUCUUAAUGGAGCUACAUGUUGGGAGGGUUUCAUACAUCCGCCAACACAGCAAAACAUAAGUGCAUUUGUAUUGUUUUAUUCUCUGAACGUCCUUUAUGACUUUAUACCAAAGGUUAGCAGUAACUGCUCUGGCAAUAUCCAAUGCUGCUUUUUUUUGUAUUGUUGAAGUUUUGCAUUUUGUUUUCAGUAGUAUUUUUGGACUUUGUUUACUUGUACAUUCUGUAAAGCAUGUCUAAAGAGCCUUUUUGUUACGUAGCCAUUACUCUGACAUUAAACAUGAAUUCUGAUAA